AUGUCGAACCUCAACCAAGACCAAAUAAAAGUCCUCGAGCAAUCAAGACAGCGACUCGUCCAGCUCACACAUUCCCUCGCCUCACUAAUCGGAAGCCUAAACCAAGGCGACCCUCUACCACCCUGGACCUCCCUCCAAUCCCAAGCAAGUAUAAUCUCCAACAACCUAACCAGCGUCUCCGAACAACUCUCCGACAACCGCGACCUCCUUUCAACCCUAGUCGCCUACCCGGGCCCUGACUACCCGGGCCGCACGCAAGCGCCAACGCUGGAACAACUCCUCCGGACAAAACUCGACCCGCGCGUCGAAGACUGGGUCUCACGCGGCCGGAAAGUCGGCACCGAUGCUGAACCUCAGCCUGCUACAUCCACCGCUGGCAUCGCCGCCGACGACGGGACACGCGCGCUGAGCGAGUCGGAGCUGGCGGAGUUGUGGGCGUGGGCGCCGCUGGAGGCGAAUCAGGAGGCGCGGAGGAGGAAUUGGGGUGGGAAUUAUACGCUUGAGGAGAGGGAGAUGGGUAUUGAGAAUGUUGUUACGGGGUUGAGGAGGAAAUUGGAGGAUGAGGAGGAGGGGGAGAGUGAGGAGGAAGAGGGGGAGGGGGAUGGGGAGGAGAUGGAUGUUGUUGGUGUUAGGAGGAGGCCUGGGGGUGCGGGCUUGGAGUUUGAUAUUGCGCCUCAUCAGAAACAUCCAGUGCAGCCGUUUGUGCCGCUGGAUUUGAUUUUGAGGCAUAUGACUACUGGGCGGAUGCCAUAG